AUGGAUAUCGUAGUGGAGAUUCCUAUUCCCUCAGAUUGCAUUAGCAUUCAGCCGGUGAGCGGUCCAAGAACCGCUAGCCGAUAUAAAUCGGUAGGCGGGCAAGCUGUUGCAGUAGCAGUGCUUUGCACUGUUGCUGCAGUUAUCAUGAUAUUUGUUGGUAUAAGCUUGGAUUUUAAAACAUGCUACAAAGUGGCUGAAUAUCCUCCUGUAACUAUCAAAGCUAUUCUCGGUCUUGGCAUCUUCCUUUUUGCAUUCAACGGUCAUCAAGUUUUCCCGACUGUGCAAAACGAUAUGCGGAAUCCAGCCGAUUUCAGGAAAUCAGUUAUUGUCGGUUUUAUACGUAAGUUUUACAAAAUUCAAAUGAAAAUGAAAAAAAAAGAAGUGCAUUACGCAGUGACAAAAUUCUGUCUACUUUUGCAAACGUAA